GGCAGUGAGUUCAGAACUUUGUGGAGAGGGGAAAAACUUUCAUACCGGCAAUUGUAUCAGCAACAAUUUGAAAGGACAACUUUUGGAGAUGCGCAAAUAAGAUAACUUUUACAAGUCAACCUAAAAUUCAGGAGCAAAGAGUAACUGCAGGUGGCUCACAGAAUGUGACAGCUUCAUGCAGAUUCGCACUGCUUUUCAUUUGUAUAGUAGCCAUGGCGAACGGUUCUUACCGGUUGGACCUAAAGCGAGACGAUGCACGGACGCUGAUGCUGAAAAUGGACGCUCGCUUGACGUACGCCGGCCGGGAGCGCAACGCGGCCUACCAACUAGAAGGCGAGCGAGAGUUGAGACACAUCGACUAUGCUCGCCAGCUGAUCAACGCCGACUUCAACCGGGCGAAAAGGGAUAUUGAGAGGCGUCUCGAGUACUUCCAAACACUCCAGGAGCACAACAGGGAGAGACGAAAGAAGAGGGAGAUUGCCUGGUGCGAGGAAGAGGAGAAGGACUGGGAGAGGCAAGCCAGGGCCGCCAGGAGGCGCAGAACACUCCCGAAGAUUAAGAUUCAUAAGAACCACAAAGCUGAGGUUGUGGGAUCCAUCCGACGAGAUCAAAAGAGGGAGUUCGCCAAUAAAAUCUCGCACGAGAUGCAUCUGAACAGGUCUCUGAAUGCGCUGAGUGAUUCCUAUGCCAAACACAAGGCUCUAUCAGAACAAAAUGUAGCAAUUCUGGAAAAAGUUGGAGAAGCAUAUUCACCUGCUGGGCAAAAAAGCGAGAGUGGACAGCAUUUGCCGUCCAUUAAACCCAUGGAGAGCCAAGGGGAGCCUAAGUUGUCCAAAACAAAGUAUGGGAUGCCCACGCAAACUAUCAAUCUGCCAGAGGUGCCGGUAAGCAAAGCUGGACCUCAGAAGAGUUCUCUGAGUCAAAUGAUAUCUUCAGGGGAGGUUUGUAAAUUACCGGGUAUCGUUCUGAACGAAAACCAACCCAUAGGUACAAGCGGUGCUCCCCAGAAGUUGAGCCUUGCACGGACUUUCUACAUGAACACAAGUUCCAACUUACGAGGGGCUAGUACAAACCAAGAUUUACCCGCUGCGUUCACCCGCAGCAGACGUCGGGUGUCUAUAGUGGACCCUUCAGCCGAUGCGUCGAACGGACCCGCCGGUGCCCGCUCUCGCCGCAGGUUUUCACUCGUUGAUCCUUCAAUUCAAUCUAAGAAACGCCUGGCUCCCAAACUGACCCUCGGACCUCACCAACAGGUUCCGCUAAGAUUUUAUGAGAUAGAAGACAACCCGUUCUUGAAAGAGGGCGACAAUCCCGAGAUCACUCGUUCGAAUGACCUAAUUCGCUCGGAUAAAGCCGACGAAAUGUACGUGUGGCUUGGGUUCGAUUCUGAAGAGGAAUAUGAGAAGUUGAAACGAGGUGAACUGGUGUUGGAGUUUGACGACGACGGAUCUGAUACCAGCAGUAACGCAGACCAUCAUCUGACCAGCGAACGUCUCCGAGAACUGCAGGAGAUGGCUGAAGUGAGACCGACCGGCACCCCAGAGGAUUUGCCCAAACGGACCGAGUCAAAACUCAGUGCUCCUAGAAUACUGAUUGCUUCGGCUGGAGGCAUGGAUGGCAUGAAACCACUUGAGAAAUUCGCAUCGGCAGCUAAAAUGGUGAUGGUAGUCCGCCAGUUCCAGACCAGUGCUAUUAAGUGAUUUUCAGACGAUGUCGAUUUGCUACUUCUGUGUGUGUUACUUUUUAAGAAACCGCCGUCGAAUAAUUCUCUGAAUUCGUUUCUUUUAAAACUGCUACCAUUUUAAUGAAACAGUUCAAUUUGACAGUUGUAUUUGUUGAUAUGCCACCCACUCUGCAAAAAGGAGUCUUAAGUCGCCAGAGCCACUUUGGAGUAAAAAGUCCUUUAGACUAAUUUUGCACAAUGUAAAUCAAUGGGAACCCACAGCAUUUUCACCAUGGAGUAACCACUUCCAUAAUCACUUUUACACAUGAAAAGUAACCACUUUCCACAGUAACCACUUUCCACAUGAAAACAAAAAGCCCCAUUUGCUCUUUCGAAUACAAAUGAAAACUCAAAAUGUGCCUCUGGCAACUCAAGAAGACUAUUUUCACAGAGUGGGUCACAUAUGAGCAUUAUAAGGGGAAUCAAAUGAUGUAUAGUUACCCAAACCAAUCAUAGAAAAUGUCUUUAAGAUAUGGGCUUUACACUGGUCAGCAUGAAACAAGGAGAGAAACAGGGAGGGGGGUCGGUUGGUUUGCGACGGGCUGACGUAAUCGUAAAAGAAGAGGUCAAAACGGUUUGCCAACAAAGUAAUUGUUAAUUUUUAUAAUGAAUUUUCUGAAUCAAUAUUUAUAGGAAGAGGUUAGCUAGUGUUUUUUUGCUCGUAGCACUUGACGCUUUGUGUCAACAGAGGAUAAAGAAACUAAUUGAAAAAAUUAUCAGAAACCGUGAGAUUUUUCGGCUUCUUUGCGUCCCCAGUAGAGGCGAAUCUGGGUUUAAGUUUGUGGGACAGCACAAUGAGGGAGUUCAUUUCCGGGGGGGGGAGACAAUUUAUGAGUUUCGACAACAUGCAUAAUAGUGUCAUGAAUGGUACGUAGAAGGCAGGCAGUUCAGAUUUGUUCCUUCUAACUUGGAAAAAGUACUCAGGAUGACAUUUGAUGCAAACUAUGGGACAGAGAGAACCCCCGCCUUUGUGUUGGUCAUUGUUAUUCUGGUAUCUCAGGAAUUCUUUUCAGAUACCUAGGGGGAUGUGUUAAGUGACAAGGUUGGAGUGUGUAUAUGUAUUGGACUUGCAUGGGGGGUACCCCUCUGUCCUAUUUUGUGCCUGGUAUAGGCCUACCAGAUGGGGAACACCGGGCUCUUCAACUUUUGAUGCCGGGAUCAAAACCUAGUACAUUCACUCUCACAUUCUUGGGGUUUGCUUGUCAUUUUCUGUUGCUGACAUUUGGUGAAUAUAAGCACUGACAAUUGGUUUUGUUUUAGUUCCUGCGUGUUUGAGCGCAGACCUCUCAGUAAAUAGAAACAUUUACUUGGGAAAAAAUGGCCACGAAGAUAUGUUUGUCCCAUCCUAAGCACACAAUUUUGACGUUUUGCCAACUUCUUCCGUUUUCCUUACUUUGAGUAUGAUAUCUUGCAGUUGCCAAAUGUUACCAAACUUUUCUCUGAUAUUCGGAAACUGUUGAGUCCCACUAAAAUAUUCGGUUAGUGCGGUUAGUGACGGAAGACGUAAUUACAUGUAGUUAAAACGGAAUAAUUCCACUGAAAGUCAUGUAUUUGUAACUUCGGUUGAAUCUUUACAGCUAAACUAGGUCGUUGCAUUAAUAAACUAAUUUCGAGUACCAUGCUGUAACUUUCAAA